AUGGCAACACCAGUUGCGCUUGUAACGGCCUCUAGCGCUGGCCUUGGUGCUGCAAUAGUGGAGGCGCUGGCAAGCCACUAUCGCGUGGUCGUCAACUACAACUCGCGCCUGGAAAAGGCUCAACAAGUCAUCGCAAAAGCGUCGUCCAUCCCACCGACGUACCAGCUCGGCGUCUCCGAGGUGCGCUUCCAUGCCAUCAAAGCCGAUGUCCAGCAACGCGCGGAAAUCAAGCGUCUCGUGCUCGAGACCGUCGAGACGAUGGGCCGACUCGACGUCGUCGUCAGCAACGUUGGGUGGACCCGAGUGACGAACUUUUUCGACCUCGAACAGCAGGUGAACGAAUCGGACUGGGACCGAUGUUUCGACAUCAACGUCAAAAGCCACUUGUGGCUCCUCUACGCUGCAAAGCCGUACCUCGAGAAAGCCGACGGCGGCGGCGCUUUUGUGACCAUCGCCAGCCUUGCGGGUGUCAGACCCAGCGGAAGCUCCCUGCCGUACGCUGUGACGAAGGCAGCGGAAAUCCACCUGACCAAGGGACUAGCCAUCAUCUGUGGGAAAAGCGUGCGGUGCAACAGUAUUAGCCCCGGUUUGAUGUUGACCGAAUGGGGGAGCCAGUUCCCAGAGGCCAAGGUCAAGGCGACGACAGAGAAAGCUGCUCUGAAAUCGACGGCCACGCCACAAGACGUCGCCGAUGUGGUCAGAGUUGUAGUGUUCAAUACGUCCAUUACCGGCCAGAAUAUUGUGGUCGAUUGUGGCAUUGCCAUAUGA